AUGGAUAUGAAUGCGUGUGGAGCUUCUCCUCGAAGAUUUGCGUGUGAUCGUUGCCGUGGUCAAAAAUUGCGAUAUAUUCGUGAACGAGCUGACCAGCAAACCUGCGAUCGAUGUUUCCGUGCAGAUGCCGAACGUCGCGCGAGCCCAGUUUCUAGCAUACGUAGCUUUAUGAGUGACACUGCUUUAACCUCUACAAAAAGCAUGGGGGAAAAGGCAAGAGUGCAAAAGUCAGUGCGAAAGCGACGAUACAAUAAUGCUGCACAACUCCAAAGGCAGCCACAAGUCACUACCCAGCAAGCGGUGAUGAAUACAUCUAUCGUUACGGAUACAGCAAGUCCUUCAGGACACCUUGGACAAACAGCACUGAUGAAUUUAUUCGAAUCGUCUCAAUCAUCAUCAACUAUGCCAAUGUAUCCCGCAGACUUCUCGACCUCAAACACAUUAAGUGAUAUGCCUUGGGCAGCUGAGGAUUCUUUAUUUUCCGGGCUCAUACUACCAGAUGGAACGGAUGAGACCUUUGACUCACCUGGUAACCCGGAUACACCUAGCUCGACUGAGAGUUAUCUGUCACAAGCACCAACAUAUACAGGAGAUUUUCCCUCUCGACCUACGCCAUCAUUGAUACUUUCACCCCGAACGGUGUCUUCCACUUCGACAUCUAGUCUACAAGAUCUCGAAUGCAGCAGUCACAAAACGUUAGUCAUGAUAUCUGAAAACAAUACUUCUUGCGAAAGCUCCGAAGAUCAGGUUGUGGAUAGCAUAUCUAUUGAUAAGGAUGAAGAGGACACCACUGUCCAGUGGUUGGGCAAGACUAAUUUGGAUCUUGUUUCGUUGCUUUCUCGAAUUGGUAAAGGCCACCCCAACUGCAAUCGUAGAGAUGCUAGUUCGACCAAUUGA